UCCCCAAUUCUAAAUGUCCAACCAUGCACAAUUUUGCAGUAUGAAGACUACAAUGGACUCCUUUAGUGGGUGGUAAUAAUCUCAGAAUGCCCAAAUGAAUCGGUUCUUUUUUUAUUUUUAAACGACUCUUUUAAGCAAAUAGGAUAAUACACAAUACUGUUAAGUAUGUGGACACUUGAGCAUGACGUCUGUAUAUGCUAGAUGAACAUCCCAUUCCAGAUUUAGUCCCUGCUUUGCUGUUACUAUGGGAAGGCCUUCUGUUUCGUUUUGUUUUCGGUGAGAAGGACCGGUGCACGGUUCAUCCCAAAAGUGAUCAGUGCGGUUGAGGUCAGGGCUCUGUGCAGGCCACUCGAGAUCUUCCAGUCCAAUCUUGCCAUAAACAAGCAUGUCUUGUGCACAGAUACACCGCCAUGCUGGAACAUGUUCCUCUUUGUUUCAGUGAAGAGAAAUCUUAUUGUUACAGCACACAAAGACAUUCUAGACAAGUGUGCGCUUCCAACUUUUGUGCCAACAGUUUGUGAUGUGCUGUGAUUGGUCAGGUGUCCACAUACAGUACUUUUGGCCAUAUCGUGUAAUAACAAUAAUUAUUAUUAUUAUUAUUAUCUCAUUGACUUUGACCAUGGUAUGGUUGUUGGUGCUAGACAGACUGGUUUGAGUAUUUCAGCGAAUGACUGAACUCCUGGGAUUUUCACACACAACAGUCUCUAAAUAGAACAGGAGUUCUGCAGGGAGAAACACCUUGCUGAUGAGAGAGGUCAAAAGAGAAUGGCAAGCCUGGAUCUAGCUGACAGAAAGGCUAUGAUAACUCGAAUAACCACUCUUUAAAACCGAGCAUCUCAGGACACACAAACCUUAAGGCAGGUGGGCUACAACAACAGAAAACUACACCAGGUUCCCCUCCCCUGAGUUGUGAUCCUUCAUUGUGUUGUCAUGUGUUUAGAUGUUGUACAUUUGUAGAUUUAUGUUAUUUGUUGCUGCCCUCUUGGCCAGGUCCCUCUUGUGAAAGAGAUUUUUAAUCUCAGUGAGUUGUUGUUUUUUUUUUAACCUGGUUCAAUAAAGAAAUGAGGAAUGAAUAUUGAAUUAUUAUACACUAUUAACUGGGAAAUGGGUGAACGAUCAGGUCCAUGGCUCACUGCUCUUCAUAACCAAAUGUCCAACUCCGUUUCAUUUCUGUUCGAUUCGAGCAGGACUGCAACACCCGAUGGCACUGAAGUGAUGAUCAGACAAGCGGAUAAGCUAAGUUGAUCCUCACAAGAGCACCUGCAGAAAUCGAGGAUGAUAAAACCGAACUGGUGUCUAGUUUAGAUCUAAUAGGGGUAUGACACUUUAACGGUAAAAAUGUGUGCAUCAGAGACAAAAGGAGUCCUUCAACUGAAGCCCUGAAGGUCAAGUGUACUGAUUAACCUCAUUUUCUCUCAUUUUCAGUCCAUGUUAUUGACAUAUCUGAAUAACUAUCUGACAUACCCAUAGAUACAGCUUUCGGAUUGACACAUGCGUCGAGGGGGUUAGGAUUAGCAGGUGUUCAAUUACAUUACAGUUUAAACACUAAACUGAUCAGUUCUCCAAGGACCAUUGAAUAAUUCUAUUCAUUGAUGAUUUGCUGGGCCAUGUUGCACAAAGGAUCAGUAGAUGUAAAGAAUAACUGAAAUGUCGAUGCAAAAAAAAAAAGAGCCCAAGAGCGAAUGCAUUGAAAGUGUCACGAGAGCUAGACUGCAUUAUCGAUCACUGUUCAUCUCGAGUGGCUCUCACACACCUCUCCGUAAGCCCCGCUUACAUAUUUGCACACACAGCUGCGACUAAAAAAAGCUCACGGCCUGGCAGCCUCGUACUUGGCUCAUACGGGGUGUUGCUAUGGACAGUUACCAUGACGAUGCAUCGGGAACGGGUCGGGAUAGUACAAGGAGGUCGAAAUCGACCGUCCUCAGGCGCUGGAAGCUGAACUGGUGCGACCUGUGGAUAGACGGAAGUCUGCUGUUUUAUAAGACGGACUCGAGGAAGGACUACGAGACUAGAGUGAGGCUGAAGAGUGCAUGUGUGAAUGUGAAGUCCGGCCUGGAGUGUGCAGGUGUGUCUCCGCCGGAGAGCCAGCCGAGGGAGAAUCUGUUGGUGUUGUACCUGAACGACGGCUCCUGUGUGUUCCUGUGUGCUAACAGUGAGGAUGAGGCCCUGGCUUGGAAGCUGACAGUCAUGGAAGCAAAGCAAAGUCCUUUCUACAGUUACGAUCCGUAUAACGAUACGUACCAGUGUGUUCCUGUUAACGGACACAACGCUGUGUACGUCACGCCAGGCAACGGCAAUGGAGGUACUCACCAUGUCUGGGUGCACAGAGAGCGCUGUGAUGACUGGACCGGAGAGCAGAUAGCACUGGGUUUGCUGGCCGGUAUAGCAGCGGGCACCGUGCUGCGCUCGUUCCUCUGGAUGCCACUGUUGUACUGCUGAUACACUCGGCUAUUUCAAGGCGGUCUCCGCCUUAAGCCGGUCGGUGAGAGGUGGUAGAGAAAGACCUGGAUCUGAGAGAUCGCUUCUGUAGACGUCAAUCAGCUGGCCAAAUGUGUACCGGAUACACAAACGUACAACUAGUUACAAGGGUUAAAUAGGUUCAAGCGCAGCACGUGGUGUAAAUCUCACUGCGCUCCACAUUGUAUGGCCGUGUGCAUACGGAAAUAAGUCAAGAGGUGUCAUAUACUGUAGAAGAGGAUGACGGACAAGACCAGGGUUAUGUCGUGUGGUGUAUUUUUUUCAGCGUAUAUACAUUUGGACAGUACAUCCCUGCUGGGAAAAAAAAAGAAACAAACAAACAACAGAAACCCUCAUAGAAUUUGUAAUGGGAAUUGUAUUGGUUUUAAUGGAAACUCUAUUGAAUGGUCAAUACUGGUCAUUUGUUGCUUUCUAUCAGUGGCAUGUUAUGUCUAGUGGAUACUAUUAAGUCCUUAAUACAUCCUACUACAUAAUGGAAACCAUUUGGUUUUAAUGGUUAACAGCUGAUGGUUUGUAAUGGUAUUUGUACAGGAACCCAUUCAAAUUUCUGUGAUGGUUUCUAUUGUUUUUUUUGUUUUUUUUUAAUCCAGCAGGGAUCGGUUGCUUUUGACAGUAAUGUCGAAAUGCAUUGAGAUUUGAAUUUUUCCCCCCACAACAAUGUAAAUGAAAAAAUGUUUGAAUGUAAAAAUGACCAAUUAUCAAUUACCCAGAAUUCACCACUAGAGGGUAGACACACUGCAGCAAUGCAAAUAAACUGACUUGUUACCGGAGUUUUUCUGCUGAUCUUCAAUAACCUGGGUCAAAGCUUGUAUAUCACAUAUUACU